GUGUAAGUGCCGGGCGAGGCACCGGCUGGGAAGCCCCCAAAUUCACGGUCUGGGGGGCGGGCGAGGGAAUCACACCCUCCCCUCCAGCCUUCCCCGGUAACAGCCGGUAACCUGUGGCGAUGGAGAUGCAGCGCUAGAUGCAAGCUGCCCAUUCCCCAGGCACCAGCAGGAGACAAACAGGUACCGGCGCCCAUCCCCGCUGCUGCGGGGCUGCCGGCCCGCCCGCCCGGCAGCUGAGGGCCGGGCAGCAGAAGGGUCCCUCCACCAGCCCCGCAGGGACGGGGCAGGACUCUGCUCAGGGGCAGAAGAGCAGCAACCCCAGCCUGAAUUUUGAACUGCCACUGACCUCCUUCCUGCUUGCUUGUGACCCUAGCAACUAGCUGGGAAGGUUUUAAGGUACCCCUGAUUUCCUCUCAUUGCUGGGCAUGCAGGCUCGGGCACCGGGGCUCUGAUUUGCAGAAGUGGCCAGUAUUCACAGCUCCAGUGAAGUCACUGACGAAAGAAGUGCUUGUCAUAUUAGCAAGCUGAAGUUAGACUACCGGAACUUCAGACACCCAAAAUAAACUGUUUUUAACAAUGUUUUUUAUGUAUGUCUUCAAAAGACAAAUAAGUAUACGUAUGUCUUUAAUGGGAAGCAAAACUCAUUAGUAUCUAGAAAGCAUUUCUGAGACUUACCCACUGGAAGUGGCAUUAAGGUACAGUUUAGGUCUGUGCUUUUUACCACUGAGACAGUCAGGUACUAGAAGAGAAAGAAUAUGCAAGUUUUUAAUCACAUGGACUUCUUAGAUCAAGAUCAAUUGUUUCUCUGAUGAUCCAGCUCAACGACAAACUGUGCUAGUUGCAGAAAUAUCUGAGUAAGACCUGAGAUUAUGUAGCUGGUCAGACUAGAUGGUUCCACAGGCCUCAAAAUCUGUGAAACUCAUCUGAUUCAUAUUGCUCAGCUCAUUCCACUGCAUUGAACAGGCAGACUCCUAGAAGGUCUGCAGUAAAACCCCUCUUAAAUACAAUGAAGCCCAUCUAGCACAAGCAGUUAUUUGAUGUGAGCUGCACCUUUGAGGCUGCAUCUGAACUGAGUCACUCAAGAGUCAGAGUGGUUUUGGAUUUAGGAGGAAAAUACAGAAGAAUGCGUGAGAGAGGCUUCCGGGGAAGGAUGACUCUUAUGACCUGUCUUUUGCUAUUCUUGUUUCCUCUUUCCGGUUCAUGACAGUACAGACGAUGACAGAUACAAAGGCUAGAAGCAGUAAACUCAUCCAUUUAGAAAUUUGCAGGGAAGGAGGAUGAAUACACAGGCAAAAAUCGCACACUGGAAGACAGUUCUAAAUCAUCACCCUAGAGAGUCUUAACUCCAUUGAUGGUACAGGGAACUUUGCUGCUAACUUUGAUCUUCUUACUGUACCUGCAUUUGUCCCUAAAAUAGCUCAUCUCUUCCCAUGAAUCAGAUUUUCAAAAAAGCUCAACGUCUGUGUAGACACUAACAUUUGGGCCAGUUUUCUAGGAGCUCAGCAUACUAAGUUCUUACACAGUAUAAAAAGCUUUUCUGAAGAAAGAAAUCUAGUCCUUCUCUAGCUGACGCAACAAGAAAGCAGAUUCUCCUGUCUCUCAGUACUGUCCCUCGUGGGGGGCUGUAUUCAAACACUGUUAUUGUGAGUGGGCUUCACUACCUUGCUCAUUGAGAGAAAUGUCUGUGGCUUCACAAACCAGCUCUUUGGUCAUUUUCCUUGCAGUUUCUCUAGGAUUUCACAGUUGCAAAAAGCCCCCCGGGCUUCCCUCCCUCCCAGGAUACUGUGUGCUUGGCAGUGCCGUGGUGUAGGACGACGACUGAGCGGGGGAUAAAUCAGAUGGAAGGAAGAUUUGGUUCUACACCUUGGCUGUUACUCAAUUAAAAAUUGCUUGCAAAUUGUUUUGAGACUAUUUUCACAUUGUGUAGUAAUCUUCAAUUGCAGUAACAAUGGAAGAAAUCGAAGUAAUCAAAUUAAGGCUUUAUCAACCUGAACACAAAGGCACAUGAUCUAACUGGAAUAGCAGAGGUGAUAAAGAAGAAAUACAUAUACAGAGACCAGUCUUACUUUGUAACCACAGACAACCCAUGAAGAGUAAGUGCACUCAGCCAUAUACAAAAUACUGUGGAGAAAAUGUAUACUAGUCGAGAGGAUAUUGGAUAUGAUUUUGGAGAUGACUCAAAAGAUGGAAGUAAGACAAUUCAGCCUAAUCCAAACAUCGAUGGAGGAUGGGCUUGGAUGAUUGUACUUUCCUCUUUCCUUGUACACAUUCUUAUCAUGGGGUCCCAGAUGGCCCUUGGAAUACUCAACAUGGAAUGGCUGGAAGAAUUUAAUCAAAGUCGAGGCUUAACAGCGUGGGUUAGCUCCCUUAGCAUGGGCAUUACACUUAUCGUAGGUCCUUUCAUUGGUUUAUUCAUUAGCAUGUGUGGGUGCCGCAAGACAGCAAUAAUUGGAGGGAUACUAAAUGCCCUAGGUUGGAUACUGAGUGCCUAUGCCUCAAAUGUGCACUGCCUCUUCAUUACAUUUGGAGUGACAGCCGGUGUUGGAAGCGGCAUGGUUUAUCUGCCUGCAGUGGUCAUGGUGGGACAGUAUUUUCAGAAGAGAAGAGCACUUGCACAAGGACUCAGUACAACAGGAACAGGGUUUGGAGCUUUCUUAAUGACUGCGUUACUGAAGUACCUUUGUGUGGAAUUUGGAUGGAGGAAUGCAAUGUUCAUCCAGGGUGCGAUCUCUCUGAACCUUUGUGUCUGUGGGGCACUCAUGAGACCUCUUUCUUCCAAAGAGUUUGUUAAUGAAAAGUAUGUUGUGAGAAAUAAUAGUGAAGUUAAUCAUGCAAAAGCUCUGUCCCAUUCCACAGAGACUAUAAAAUCUAAUGGAGUCUUAAAUGAAGAACAGGAAAAAAAAGAAGAGGCAACAAAUGAAGAAGUGCUUGACAGUGUUCAACGCAUAGAAAGCGGAGGUAAAUCUAGAAGUGGAAGGAAUAUGUAUGGACUGUGCAUUCUUAAGACAGUGAGCCAGCUGACAGUUACAGUCAGGAAGGGGUUUGGAGUUUGGUACUCCAGUUACUUUGGAGCUGCAUCACUGUUUACCAACAGAGUGUUUGUGGCCUUUAUAAUUUGGGCUUUGUUUGCCUAUAGCAGCUUUGUCAUUCCCUUUAUUCAUCUUCCAGAAAUAGUCAAGCAGUACAAUUUAUCGAGUCAGAAUAAUAUAUUUCCUUUGACAUCAAUUAUAGCCAUUGUUCAUAUAUUUGGUAAAGUGAUCCUUGGAAUCAUCUCUGAUUUACCGUGCAUCAGCACUUGGAAUGUCUUCCUCAUGGCUAACUUUACCCUGGUUGCCUGUAUUCUUAUUUUGCCAUUAAUGCAAACAUACAUUAGUCUGGCUGUGAUUUGUGCUCUAAUAGGAUUUUCUAGUGGCUAUUUUUCUCUAAUGCCUGUUGUGACUGAAGAUUUAGUUGGAACUAAACACCUUGCAAAUGCCUAUGGCAUCAUCAUUUGUGCCAAUGGAAUAUCUGCAUUGCUUGGACCACCCUUUGCAGGUUGGAUCUAUGACAUCACACAAAAAUAUGAUUUUUCAUUUUACAUAUGUGGCUUGCUAUACAUGGUGGGAAUAAUAUUUUUACUUAUCCAACCUUGUAUUCAAAAGAAACAACCAAGAGAAAAAUCUACAGAAGAGGCACAAGUAUAGAGCAAUGAUACAGAUGUUUUUUCUACAGAAUUUCUUGUUUUUAUGUUUCUAUUGUGUGGCAGUAUAAAGCUGUUCUUCUUGUGGAAUCAAUCACAUUGAGCUGUACUAAAGUGAAAACAAAACAUGCUCCAAAAUGCUAAUAAAUUAUUAGAUAUAUGCUUUUAAAAUGAGUUAAAAUUUUUUACUUUACAACAAAUACAGAAUUAGAAGCACACGACCAGUCUUUUAAAAUCUGAACAGUGGUAGAAACCUUGAUGCUUGAUUCUCUUAACUUUUCACCACUACACACUGGUGAAACUCCAUUGACUGCAAUGCAGUUACUCUGGAUUUACACAAGUCCUAGAAGAGAAUCUGAUCUGGGCAUGAAUGAUGUACAAAAGUCCUUCCUACUGUGUAUGCUAGCUGAUAAAAGAUUAGUUACUGAGUAUAAGAAGAUGAUGGUAUUUCUUACGUGGCUAGUUAGUACCACUGAAAUACUAGUACAAUAAUUCAAUUAAUUUAAUGUAUUAAAAUUACUAUUUCUGCAAUGAAAAAUUGAAAAAGAAUUCUUAUAUUUUUCUGAAAGGGCUCUCUACUUCAAGGAUUCUUAUAUUUUAUUUUUUUAAAGUAUCAACUGCAUAAUAAAGUAGCCAUCCUCAAUAUACAGGCUGCAUUAAAAAUGGUCAGACACUUGAUGCACCUAAAGUAAAACAAACAUAAAAGCAAAACCAGGGAAUGAAUGGAAAAUAUUAAUUUGAUUCUUCAACAGAAAUGAUGAGCAGCAAAGUCUGAUGAUCUAUUGCAUCAGUUCCACAAACACUAGUUGCCAUGUUCAGAUGGAGUGAUUUCUGAAAUUCUGAUUUCAGUUCAACUACUUGAGCAGUUAUUCAUGAUUUAUAUUGAUAUAAUUGAGAACAGAAUUUGGACCUGUGCACAGAGUGUCUUCUAACUUUGCUUACUGAGAUUUAGCUACAUUAAGAUGGACCAUAUGCAAUGUAAAUUGCUGUAUUUGACUUAACUGACCUAGAACUGCUGAUCAUACCCCUGGCAGGUACAGAGACAUCUGAGAUCAGUACGAAUACUUUCUGUAUUUUCAAAGUUAUACUUCGGAAAGCUAACUUUGGUCUGAUUCUAGUUUGCAGUCUUUUAUGAUACAGAAAUAAUUUACUUAAAUGCACAACAGCUGCUUUAACAAAUCCCUAACAUAAUACCUAAAAUACAAGAAAGAAAACAGUAUUUUGUUAUGGCAUAUCCAGUUUCUUAAACCUGCCUCAUAGUUUGAUGCCUUAAGUUGAAGCAUUUCACCAAGGAUUUCCCAGACUGGAAAAUGAUUCCAGAAACAAUUUGAAGUUCCUGGCUGCUUUACACAACUGGACAUAUUGUACAACUUUGUAUCAUUUUUUUGAUUCCUUCCGUGGGAAUUGUUUACUCUCAGUAACCAAUACUAAAGAAACAGAGACUAAAUAUCAUUUUAGAAAGAACUAGAGUAUAGCAUGUUAAGUUUUGCUAAAAUUAAUUUCAGAACAAAAAACCAUUAAAUUAUGAUGAGUUGUGUUGCUAUAUACAAGUACAGCAUGAACUGGCUAAGACUAGUCACUUUUUUAAUGUUUACUUGCUGGAGAAUUAGAUAAUACAAAGCAGGAAAAGCUCAUUUAAAACAUCAUUUAAAAUCUUUAAAUGAAUUGUCUUAACACUAAGCACAAGAUAUUCAGCAUGGAAUGUUUUGUAUGAUGCUACAAAAUAUAUUUUUCUCAGCUUUGGGAGGUGAAGCUGAUGUUAAUUUUCAUAUAUCAAAUAAAAAUCACUGUGUAGUUCUUUUUGUCAUGUUAGCUUUAUAAAAGUUCUUUCCACGAUAAAUCAUGUUCUUAGUUUAAUACUGAUAUAGGCUGCUGAAAUUCUCUAAAAACAAUUGAUACUUUUCAAAUAAAUUGAACAGAUAUUGGCAGGCAGUUCAGCAUGAAACAGUAUAAUUAUACAGACCUUUUUUUAUAGUUGCAAGCCUGGUUAAAAGGUUCUGAACCUUGACUUAUAUUGUUCCGUAUUGUAAUUCACCAGCUGCUUAGGUUUGCGCUUCUAUAACUGUUGGCAGGGACGUGCUUUAAAAUAGAUCACUGAAAUGAGUCAAGUUAAAAAGCAAAACGUUAAGAAAACCCCAAACUACUGCAAAAGUUAGAUCAGUUCAGUGAUAUAGUAUAGUACGUAUGGCCCUCAAAAUUGAUAUUAAAACAACUGAGAUGGUAGGGAACUGCCACAUGGGGCGUGAACAAGCAGUCAGUAAUUUCUGAAAAUCAGUUUUGUUGCUGGAGAAAACAUUCA